AUGGACGAGAUUGAACUAAAUGACCUCUCGACGGACCGUCAGAGCCAACACUCAAUAGCCCCUUCAGCACCUGGGCCAGCCUCAGAGAGCGUGUCAUCCUGGGCCUGGUCAGCGGCUGCAGUAUUGGUGAUUGCAUCAACACCAUUGCUGCUAUUCCCUCGAUUCCUUUUAUUCCUAGCAGAAAGCAAUGGAGCUGAGCGACGAACGACUCUCACCGCGCUUGAGUCGUUCCUCGCACUGCACACAGGCAUUCUCUUGGUCGCAAUGGCGAUUGCCCUCGUUCUUAACAUUCCCUCUACUUCAGAUCUUCCGGUCGACAUGAAGCAGCCUCGGGCACCUGGACAUCCUCUCCUGUGGCCCCUUUCUGGAGCCUGCGCCAUCAUUGCACUCAUCUCAUAUAAUACGGCAUCAGUCGGACCGCUAUCGCUGCUCUUGUCUACCGGCGCAGGCGUCAUAGCGCUGUGGGGCUUCUGGGCGAUCAUGUUCGAGAGCUCCUCCUCCAUCUCAAAGAAGACUGGGGCAGACAAGCAUACAUCGCGGUUUCUAUUUUGGAACAAAGCCGCAGCAUCCGCACAGAAGAAACAAUGGAAGAAGGCACAAGCAGAGCGCAAGCAGCAAUAG